AUAAUAAUACAAUUUUUAACAAUAGAAUAAUCUCUUCUUAAUUUCUAGACUAUACCACGUUGCUAUAUCAACCACCAGUCCAGUCUAUAUCAACCGGUUGCUUAAUUGUCAAAGUUCAUCUGUGGAACAGCUUUUACUAUAGCUAUAGUCCACAUGAAUUAUUCAAGGCGUUCAAAGUUGAAACACAACACAUCAUAUAAAGAGGAGUAGAUCGACUGUUCACAGUAUAAUCCAUUCAUGUCAUAAUUAAUGAUCAAUAAUAUUAGUUACACACAAGAUGGCCAAAUCCUUGUGUUUUUCAUGGUUUGUGUUAUAUGUUUUUCUUUUGGUGGUACAUAUGCAAACGGUGAGUACAAACGCAAACGAGAUUGGAGUGAUCAAAUUGAGAGUCGGGGUCCCUAAGAAAGAAGGUUUCACACAAUUUGUGAAUGUAGUUUGGGACUCUCAUGAGAACAAGUACAAUGUUUCUGGAUAUUGCAUGGAUGUUUUCAAUGCCGUUGUAAGCAACUUAACUUUCAAGGUUUCUCUACAAAUUGAACCUUAUGAUAUUGAUGAUUCAAAAGGCAGUACUAGAACAUACGAUUCACUUCUACACCAGAUCCCAGAAAAGUAUGAUGUUGUGGUGGGCGACAUAACAAUUUUGGCGCAUCGUGCACAAUUUGUAGAUUUUACACUGCCAUAUACAGCAUUAGAAGUUAGAAUGUUAGUUCCUGUUGUACAUGGGAGGCACCAAACCAUGUGGAUUUUUGUGAAACCCUUUAGCUGGGAUCUUUGGUUGAGCAUACUCAUCAUCUCCGUGCUCAUAGGGUUUGUCAUUCUCAUCAUGGAAAGAAACGUACAUAUUGUUCCUCACCAGAACCAGAGUUCCCCAUAUCGACAACAACUCAACGCAAUAACCAUUUUAUGGUUUCCGAUUUCACAAGCCAUUCUUCCUGAAAGACAUGUGGUUGCCAAAAAGUGCUCAAGAUUUGUGUUGAUGGUUUGGCUACUAUUAGCAUUUGUACUAAUGCAAAGUUACACAGCUAAUUUGACGUCUAUAUUGACCGUAGAUCAGAUACAACCCAGUUCUCUCACACUGAAUGAUCUAAGGAAACAUGGAUAUUAUGUUGGAUAUCAAACCGGUUCUUUCGUUUAUCACUUAUUGGUACAACAAUUGCAGUUUGAUCCGUCCAUGUUGAAGGCAUAUGACAACAUUGAUGACUAUCAUGACGCUUUGAAGCGUGGAAGCCAAGGUGGGGGUGUUAUCGCUAUAUUCGACGAAGUCCCCUACCUUAAUGCCUACCUUCAUAAAUUUGGAUCCAAUUACAUCAAAGCUGGUUCCACCUAUCGAAGUGAAGGAUUUGGUUUUGUAUUCCCUUACAACUCCAAUCUUACUGCUCACUUUUCAAGAGCCAUCUUAAAUGUGAAUGACAAUUAUUAUUUAAUGCAUAAGAUUGAGGAAAAAUAUUUUGGGAGAAAUGAAGAGGUACAAAAGCAGUCCGUGCAAGUGUCUUCAGCUUCACCAAGUCUUACAUUUCACAGCUUUGCAGGGCUAUUUUUGAUCACUGGCAUUUCUAUCUUAUUGGCAUUAUUUGUCUCUGAAAUUCUUAUUUGUCAAAAAUCUAUCUCGAUGGUUAGAGAAUACAUUCAGAGAUAUUUGUUACGCUCUCCUACAGAAGCACGUGUUCAUCCAAAUGAUAUUCAUUUAACACAGCAACAACGUAUCAAGCCAAUCAAGGUGGCAUCGUGUAAAACUAUUUUACACCGUCAGUACAUAUCAAUUAAACUCUUUAAUUAUUUAAUUAAUGUUGUUGUUUGUUUUUUUUUUUUUUAUUUGUUUGGAUAUAAUGUACUUGCGAUGGGCUCAAUUAAUGGGCCAAACAAAUGGACUUUCAUUUUUAUAUAUUUUUUUUUGUUUUUCGAUUUUUAAAGUAAAGUAACAAUGAUGUUACGAACAAUAAAAAUUAAAUGUUUUAUCA